AUCUGUAAAUUCAUGAAACUUCGUCAUUGUUGCGGAAGCUUGCUCCAUAGAUUGCACAGUGGCACUUUCGACAACUUACCAUGGGCUCCUGGCGGCCUCUAGGUGUAGGACAGGGGAUGAGGGAUGUACUGAAUAGUAAUCGAGAGAUCCAGGUGAUGAAGGACUGGAGGGAAACUGAAGGGGCUUCUGUGCAUCAGGGUUUGGCUUCACCAACAGAGUACAAUAACCAACGCGCAGAAUGGAGAGUUCCCAUCAGCCGCAAGCUAGAAGAGCUGUCUCAAGCCAUCAAGUCCUGUCAAGCCGGCGGUUCGGAAACAACAACCCAGGACGUGACUUGGAGAGGCGUUUUCGACUGCAUUGAAGAGGCCAAAAAGACAUACGAGAAGAAAGCUGAAGACAACCGUUUCAGAGGUUGGAUAAGAAAAGGCGACGCAGCCAUAGGUAUCCUCGAACGGCUUUCCGACAUAAUUCCCGACCAAGAUGGCCUCAGCAUUCUGAGGACGGGCCUGGCUUUUGUCUUUCAGCAAUUCCAGAAGAGACUGUCCAACGUCGGGAAUAUUCUGCAAGAACUCGACGACGUUCCGGGUGUCUUGGCCAGCAUCUCGCAGAUCAGCAACGUCUAUCGCGGCGAAGUCCGGCUGAAGAAUCUGGUCUGGGACUUUUAUGGAAUCCUAGUAGACUGCCUGACGGACUUGGUGUGCAUUUUGAACCGAACAUAUAAGAAUGUUGGAGUUCUGAAGAAGAUUGUGAGACAAUUCCCCGAAGUCGAGGCGUCCAAGAUUAGCGACAUCUCCAAGCGCAUCAGCAAUGCGAAAAUAACUGUCUUCGAAGCCACAGCUCACUUGGAUCGGAACGUAUGGCAAGACACCAAAGUCUCAGCACAAGCAGGGCGCGUUGCCGCCGAAGCUACUCGCAAAACCGCCCACGAGAUCAAAGCCGAGGUCGUGGAGCUGCGGCAAGAAACCAGCAACGGCCAUGUUAGGCUUUCUUCUCAGAUGAACGAGUUUCGCGUACAGAUGGCUGAUGUUGCCAACGAAAUGAAUGACGAGUUGGCUCAGACACGGAAGCGUAUCACCAAAGAUGGCGAAGAGAGGAAGGAGUUUGAGGCCGGAUUGCAGAGACUUGUCAGCGCCCUGCCUGCGUCGAUUCACGAGCAGUUGCAGAGCGCUUUGUACCAGUUUAUGGCCGAUGCCAUCGUCCAGCGAAGCCUCUUUACACUCCCUCCCAGCUCUGCCUCCCCUCCCCCGGCUUUACAGCCCGUCAUUCAGCAUACGCCAGUCUUGACCGAAGGCGAUAUUCUCAACCUCCUUCAGACGCCCGACCCCGUCGCAGAUGCAGAGCGCAUUCUCCGCAAAGAAAGCCUCAUGAGCGACGAAGCACUGGGAUACGCUACACUACUACGACAAAAGCGGCAGUUCCAAGAGUGGCUAUCCUCUGAAUGGCCCGGCUUGGUGCUGGUCGACGGAUGCUGUCGGACGGAGAGCGUAGGGAGAUCGUCUCCAAUGUCCUUCUUCACGGCAUCCUUUGCUUCUACCCUGCUACAAAGCCAAAGCGGGAUGGUGCUGCAAUUCUUUUGCAGCCAUCACACUGAUCCGCAAAAAGAAGGGUCCGGGCCAAAGGGGCUUUUGAAGAGCAUCAUCAGCCAGCUGCUUCUGUAUCCGAAACCGUAUAGCCUCUCUCUUGACUUUAUCGAUCAAAGCUUGUACGACGCUAUAGCUGCGAGCAAUACUGAUGCACUCUGCUUUCUCUUUGAGCGACUAUUUUGGCAGCUCCAGCCGAUGACCACAGUCUAUGUCCUCUUGGACAGCAUUUCAGACUUUGAGUCCAAUCUGAAUGACUAUGGAGACAGAAUGGAUCGAGUCUUGACUUCUUUCCAAGGACUCAUCAGGAACGUUCAGAGUGGAUUCGUCAUGGGGCCAAGAUUGAAGCUCUUCAUGACGAGUCCAAAUAGAAGUCAUCGUCUCAUACAUCAUGUUGAUCGGGCCAAAGAAAGCAUCCGCCUGAACUCGGCCGGCCUGGGCGAGGCUCCUCGUGGUCAUGACAGAUUGUCAAGGGAGUCUCGACGGGCCAGAUCGCCACUACCGCUUGGUUUCUAGACAUUCAGCAGCUCGGACGGAUAGAAAGUGGGAGUGUUUUGGAUUCUUGUCUCGUUAUCUCCGCUUGAUUCCCGGGUCACCACUACACGAUCAAGCCAAA